AUGCUUUUCCUCAGAACCCUCGCCCUUACCGGGCUCACAGCCCUCACAACCUUGACCACCACCACCCUCGCAGCACCCACCACGACCCCCAACACCCCGGCGGCCCUCAUCUCCAAACGCGCCCACUACCAGCCAUCCACUGACGACGACUACUGCGGCGAAGCCAACCCGCAAUACACCUACGGCUCUAACACGCCCCUGGCCGCGGACUGCAAGUCGCUGUACGAAGCCAACGCCGGGCCGGGGUAUUGGAGCGUGUCGGCGGCGGAGACGCGCUCGCUGGACAGCAGCGCGGACCGGUGGACGCGGCUGGCGGCGCAGGGGAGCUGCGCGUUCGAGGUGCGGCUGAGCCGCGAGAAUGAUGGGGAGGGGAAGGCCGGGCUGGUGGAGUAUCGGUUUGGGACGAAUGAUGUCGCGUUUUAUAUCAAGUCGCAUGCGGGCAGUGGGGCGGCGAGGGAUGGAAGGGUUGGCGUGAGCAGUGGGGUGUGGUGUCGCAGGGAGAAGGGCGAGGCGCAGGUGAGGGUGGAUUGGAGGGUGGUGAAGACCUGA